CCGACUACUAUGUCUUGUGUUAUGAUGUCAUUUUAAAAUCCUUCCUCUUUGAAGAAAUCGAUCAAGUGUGCCGUGAUUGCACUCAGCGAUCACUUUUCGUGACAAUCUGAAAAUCUUAAAAAAUCUUGCAAAUCCUUCCAAACAGAUUCAACAUUGAACCGAAAUGAAUCAUUUUAAGCAUUGCACGACAUUGUACAAGAAAUUCACCACUAUUCCAAGAUCUUAUCAAAUCCGGUUAUUCUGCCAACAAUCAUCUUCCCCAAAAACAAAAUGGCGUCCUUCGCUUGGCUCAUCCAACUACGCCAACCACUGGAGAUUGGAUCGGGCGUUUUCCUGGAUUCUGCUGGGCGUUCUCCCACUUGGACUAACCUACCCGUGUAAGGCGCUGGACGUGAUAAUUGCCAUCUGCGUCGUCGGACACCAACAGACGGGCCUCUCUUCGGUGGUGACCGAUUACGUUCGAAAGGAUUUGCUGCGAGGAAUGGCCACCAAAGCCGCCCAUGGAGUGACCGCUGGGCUUUCGGUGGCUACGCUUGUCGGGUUGCUGUACUUAACGUUUGCUGACAUUGGCAUCACGGAAACCGUGCGUAGGAUUUGGGCAGUGCAACCCAAGGAGUCAAACGUAUAGUUCAAGGUUAGUUUGUUAGGAUUUGGUGUAAUAAUCUAAUGCACAUAUUAAAUUUCAUUUUAAAAUUACAAUGGUAUCAUAGCACAGUGA